UAAGGAACUCCUCAUCUACACCAUGACAAACCAGGAGAAAUGGGCCCAUCUCAGCCCUUCAGAAUUUUCCCAACUUCAGAAAUAUGCUGAAUAUUCCACGAAGAAAUUAAAGGAUGUUCUUGAAGAAUUCCAUGGUAAUGGCGUGCUUGCAAAAUAUAAUCCUGAAGGGAAACAAGAUAUACUUAACCAAACCAUAGAUUUUGAAGGCUUCAAGCUGUUCAUGAAGACCUUUCUGGAAGCUGAGCUCCCUGACGACUUCACUGCCCACCUUUUCAUGUCAUUCAGCAACAAGUUUCCCCAUUCCAGCCCAAAUGUAAAGAGCAAGCCUGCUCUGCUGUCAGGUGGUCUGAGGAUGAAUAAAGGUGCCAUCACCCCUCCACGUUCUUCUCCAGCAAAUACGUGCUCCCCGGAAGUGAUCCACCUCAAGGACAUUGUCUGCUACCUGUCUCUCCUUGAAAGAGGAAGACCGGAGGAUAAACUUGAGUUUAUGUUUCGCCUUUAUGACACCGAUGGGAAUGGUUUCCUGGACAGCUCGGAGUUAGAGAACAUCAUCGGGCAAAUGAUGCAUGUCGCGGAGUACCUGGAAUGGGACGUCACUGAACUCAAUCCGAUCCUCCAUGAAAUGAUGGAGGAGAUAGACUAUGACAGGGAUGGGACUGUGUCUCUGGAGGAGUGGAUUCAAGGGGGAAUGACGACCAUCCCGCUUCUCGUCCUGCUGGGCUUGGAAAAUAACGUGAAGGAUGAUGGACAGCACGUGUGGAGACUCAAGCACUUCAACAAGCCGGCCUACUGCAACCUCUGCCUGAACAUGCUGAUUGGCGUGGGGAAGCAGGGCCUCUGCUGCUCCUUCUGUAAGUACACAGUCCAUGAGCGCUGUGUGGGGAGAGCCCCUCCCUCCUGCAUCAAGACCUAUGUGAAGUCCAAAAAGAACACAGAUGUCAUGCACCAUUAUUGGGUCGAAGGCAACUGCCCAACCAAGUGUGAUAAGUGCCACAAGACAGUAAAAUGUUACCAGGGCCUGACGGGGCUGCACUGUGUUUGGUGUCAGAUCACACUUCACAAUAAAUGUGCUUCCCAUCUGAAGCCGGAAUGUGACUGUGGACCUUUGAAGGACCAUAUUUUACCACCCACCACAAUCUGUCCAGUGGUAUUGACUAUGCCCACCGCAGGAGGUUCCGUUCCUGAGGAAAGGCAGUCAACAGCUAAAAAGGAAAAGAGCAGUUGCCAACAGCCAAAUAAAGUGACAGACAGGAACAAGAUGCAAAGAGCUAAUUCUGUUACAAUGGAUGGACAAGGUUUGCAGAUCACUCCUGUUCCUGGUACACACCCGCUUCUAGUUUUUGUCAAUCCCAAAAGUGGCGGGAAGCAAGGAGAACGAAUUUACAGAAAAUUCCAGUAUCUUCUAAAUCCUCGUCAGGUUUACAGCCUUUCUGGAAAUGGACCAAUGCCAGGGUUACACUUUUUCCGUGACGUCCCUGACUUCAGAGUGUUAGCGUGCGGAGGAGAUGGGACCGUGGGCUGGAUUUUGGAUUGCAUAGAAAAGGCCAAUGUGGUCAAGCACCCUCCCGUUGCUAUACUGCCUCUCGGGACUGGCAAUGACCUAGCAAGAUGCCUGCGGUGGGGCGGAGGCUAUGAAGGUGAAAACCUAAUGAAGAUCCUAAGAGACAUUGAAAGCAGCACAGAAAUCAUGCUGGACAGGUGGAAGUUUGAAGUCACCCCCAACGACAAGGACGAGAAAGGAGACCCUGUGCCUUACAGCAUCAUCAACAACUACUUUUCCAUUGGCGUGGAUGCUUCCAUUGCACACAGAUUCCAUAUCAUGAGAGAAAAGCAUCCAGAGAAAUUCAACAGUCGAAUGAAGAACAAAUUUUGGUACUUUGAGUUUGGCACAUCUGAAACCUUCUCAGCCACCUGCAAGAAGCUACAUGAAUCAGUAGAAAUAGAAUGUGAUGGAGUACAGAUAGAUUUAAUAAACAUCUCUCUGGAAGGAAUUGCAAUUCUGAAUAUACCAAGCAUGCAUGGAGGAUCUAAUCUUUGGGGAGAGUCUAAAAAGAAAAGAAGCCAUCGGCGGAUAGAGAAAAAAGGCUCUGACAAAAGGCCCACACUCACGGAUGCGAAAGAGCUGAAGUUUGCAAGUCAAGAUCUGAGUGACCAGCUGCUGGAGGUUGUUGGCCUGGAAGGAGCAAUGGAAAUGGGCCAAAUAUACACGGGACUAAAAAGUGCAGGCCGGCGGCUGGCUCAGUGCUCCUGUGUGGUGAUCAGGACCAGCAAGUCCCUGCCAAUGCAGAUUGAUGGAGAGCCAUGGAUGCAGACCCCAUGCACGAUAAAAAUUACACACAAGAACCAAGCCCCGAUGCUGAUGGGUCCUCCCCCGAAAACUGGAUUAUUCUGCUCGCUCAUCAAAAGAACAAGGAACCGAAGCAAGGAGUGAACCUCUAUCACGAGAAAUUUAAGCAGAAUACUUGGGCCAUGGAACACUCUGAAACAUUUCCGGUCUCCUGCUCCUACAAAAUCAUGGGAUUAACAGUUUUUGUUAUUGAGCUGAUGUAAAAUUUGGCCAUUAGAGAGUCUGUUGUUUCUGUUCUUCUAGGCAUAUUUGCAUGAAAAAAGUAGAAGUUUCUAUGACACGCUGACGCAUAUUUUAGUUGCAUGCAUUCCCAUGGGGUUUUCUGUCUCCCACUCGCAUCUUACCCCAUUUCCAUUUACUGACUAUGAGGAAAAACCUGGGAAAGAUCAAAGAAGUAGGACGGGAAAUGAUUCUUGAUGUAAUUGCUGUCUUCGGCACUAAUAAGUAAGCUUGCAACAAUUCCUAGUGCAAACUGCCAUUCUUUGCUCAUUAGAGUCAGUGUAUCCGUGGUACUGGACCUGUGGCAUGAGAAAAAGCGUAAUUCAAAGAUGUUAUUAAAUAGCUGUGUUCUAUUAGAUACCGUGUUCUAUCUAAUAGUCUGGGUUUUUUUUUUCAACAUCUUUAUUCUUCUGAAUGGACAUUAGCAUACCAGACAUAAUAUUUUUCUUGUGUUAAAAAAAAAUAGAAAAUGGUAUUUAUUUUGUUUAGCUUUGUUUUUUUUUUUUUAAUUCCAAAGCCAUGAGUGAAAAUAUGUUACUGGCAGUAAUUAUGAUAAUACAACAAGCCUUAUUCCUUUCUGCGUAAGAGUCUGGACGCAAAUGCAAAACUCACAAUAGUAGUGAAAUAGAUGGUUUCAACGAUGUGCCUAGUGCAUCUGUUUCCCACCAGAGACUGAGAAAAGUAGAGUUAUUAUGAGUUUGUGAAAAGUAAAAUGUCAGAAGAAAGUGAGUUACCCACUUUUUGUGAUUAAAAGGCUCACCAUUCAAAACAAGUAAAUCAUACAGCACACUCAAAGCUCAGUGACCCAUUUCAUGGCAUUUGGUCCCUCUACUAUAUAUGACUGUGAUUUUUUAAAUGGAUCUGUUAAGUGCACUUCAAGAAGGUAAUAACUGCAUUGGUUUCUUCCAGGGCAGAUCGGAACCUGCAAUAAUACCGAGUUCACUGAAGCAAAUCAUGCAUGCAAUAAGCCCCUAACGACUCAUUCAUUCCAGCCCCGUCUCUAUGCCAUUUCAAAUGUUCGGUAACAUAUAAUGGCCUGGCUCACAGUUUGAGGUGUUCAUGGCAUGGUUUGGUCUCUGAAUGUUUACAGAAAUGUGGAACUCAGAGAAACACAGUGUUUCUCUGAGGCUAUCAUAUGAAAUGAAAUUCUUCUGGGCAGUCUCAGUGUAGUCCAGUCACCCUGACCUGCAUCUCCUCACUGCAUGUUUUAUGUUUUCGAACACCACGCCAUCAGGAAAACAAGUACUUGAAAUGCAUGAUUUAUCAGCUUUCCUCUCUGCUCGGCAUUAAAGUGCUAAUGAUUUAUCAGUUCUAUUUUUCUAUUGAUUAUUUCAUCUUUGAAUAACAAAUAGCAGUUAGUGAUUCUGUUGAACACAACCCUGUGCAUGGAUUUAUUGAUUUCAAGUGAAAUUGCUGUAAUUUUAGCUCUUUGGUUUGAAAACUCAAGAGUAUGCUGUUGUAUCAAAUAGCUGCUCUCAAGCAAUGUUCUGUAAUGAAAGAUUAUGUAUAAAGUGUAUUCCUUUAGUAUUCCAGGAACAUUGGAUGCUAAAUACCAAUCAACAUUAACUUUAAUUGCUUUAAAAAUAAAGGCUUUUGAAUAGAUUUAAGAUAAAAUUUAGCUUACCCAGGAAAAUUAUGAUUAAAAUUGCAAAUUCAGUACAGCAAUCAGUUGUUCCUAGUAUACUGAUAAUAAAAUAGUCAUUCAUUAGAGCAGCGAUCUAGACCAAGAGAAUGUUCAAAGCAACCACAAAUGCAUCACUGACAUAAUGUUACAUAAUACUCUGCUUUUGCGCAUCUAGGACUACAGGUGAUAAAUGUUUCUGCACAAGUUCAUCUGGUUUCUACCAUGGGCAGGCAGACCUUGUGCCAAAAUGUCAUUUUGAAUCAACAAAUUAUCUCAUGCUCUGGAGGACACUAAGGCAGUUGCGGUUUCUGAGUCGUCUGCAGCAUCUGUGUGCUGGGAAGCGAUUACCGAAAACUCAAGAAGUGGCCUGUAUGAUUUCAGCAGCUGAAGCAGUGGGCCCUGCUGCACUUCAGCAGAGCUACAUGAUCACAACCAGGGCCGACAGGCACCACAUUUCAAUCCAUUAGAUUCACAGAAAACACUAAUAAGUCUUCAAAAAGGAAUCAAAUUUUACUUUUCUAAACGCAUUUUUUUUUUUAAAGAUAAUUGAUGUGCUUGCCCUUCGAGUACACUACUCCUGGGGUUUGGAAAGUAGUUUUUUUUUAAUCUACUUUGAUGGUUUUGAAAUCAGAGAAGAUAUUCUCUUCUUUUUUUAAUGACAGCUUCAUGUGAAGAAUAUAUAUUUUAAGGAAAAUUCUAAAUGGAAAGUUCUAUGGCAUAUUAAAAUACUGAAUAAUGAAUGUUAGCUUUACAAAAUGGAAACUUUUCUUCCAGGAGCGUGGGUAUUGUAGAUGUUGAGUCAACCUCUUUUAACUAGAGUAGACAAGGGUGAGAGGAUCUUGGGGGUAGAGUUUUGUACCCUGCUAACCACUGCCAAACACUAAACAGAGAUGACAAAUUCCUGAACAAACAUAGACAUGCACACUUUCAGAAAUUAGGAAAGGUGAUACCUGUGUGGAUCCAGAAUUUCAGAGCUCAUAUAUGUGUGUUCUCACUUCACAAUGAGUGUGCAUCAUAUGCAUUUGAUGGGGCUUGUGGGUGUAGCCGUUCUAGAUCUAACUGGUUAGGUGUUCCAUGUAGACUGUCUCUUAGGGGCAAAAGUAUAAAACAGUGAGCACCUCUGAGUCACACAUGCAUUCCCCAGUUUGUUCAGCUGUCUGGUAUCAGGGACGGGGCAAGUACUGUUUCCACAGCAGAGUCUGUGUGGGUCUGAGAUUACCUAUGUUACUCAAACAAGACAGGGUGUUCAAUGGUUCCUUUCCUUUCUCUGUUAGUGUCAGCUGGCUUUCUGUUGGUUUUGAAAAGAACAAUGUAUUUUUAUGGUACAUAUAACCCACAAUGAAUUAAUCAAUGCAUAAUGUAGAUUCCACAGUAAAAGAUAAACCCUCCUAGCUUAUGUUGAGGCUGUGUAACUAAAUAAAAAAUGGUAAAUAAAUCUCCGAAAAGCUUUUCAUUCUGUGAAAGACAGAAAUCAUACCCUUAAACCAGCCAAUUAAAUUGCAGUGUGUUUAAAGAUUUGAGUAAAUUCUCGUUUGAACCUUUCUAUAUAUUCUUAUUGUGUUUAAAACAGAGGGUUCGUUUAAUUAAAGUAUCUUAAUUAUUUUCUCAAAAAGUGUUAUGUACAAAUCCUGGUUUUUGAAAUAAAAGUGUUAACCAUU